AAGUUUGAAGACGAAGUCGGCUUCUCUUUCGUCUUUCCACUUCCUUCUUCACUCACUCAAUCAGAUACACAAACAUGGCGGUGGCGAUGGGGAACAUAGCCGUACUACUGGAUGGAAGCCACGUGACUCUCCCACGUGCCGUACCGCCUCAGGACCGCAAGAUCCGGGCGCCGCCCAACGACGUCGUCUUCAACCUCUUCGCCAAGCGAGAAACCCCACACGGCCACGCCUCUCUGGUCGCGACCGGCUUCGAGUACGACAAGGACAGCCGGAAUCCCAAGGUGAAGGCGAAAUCCAAGGCGGGCGCGGUGGACUACGAGAACUCCAGCGACGACGAGAACGGCGGCAACGGAAAUGGAUUCGACGAGGAGGAGGAGGAAGGGAGAGAGGAGAAGGCCGGGUGGGAGAGGGAGAUGAGGCGGAGAGUUAAGGAGCUUGAAGAGAUGAAGGAGCUGGAGAAGAAAGCCGAGGAGUUGCAGAACCGUGUUGAUGAAGAGUACGAUGAAGGGAGUGAGAAGAAGCAAGAAACUGAGGAGGAGAAGCGCGAGAAAGUGAGGAAAGAGCUCGAAAAGGUGGCGAAGGAGCAAGCAGAGAGGAGAAGAACUGCUCAGUUAAUGUUUGAUCUGGGCCAGAAGGCUUACGGGAAGGGUAGUUAUGGACGUGCAAUUGAGUUUCUAGAAGGAGCCCUGACGAUUAUUCCAAGGCCUACCUUAUUUGGCGGAGAGAUUCAAAUUUGGCUCGCUAUGGCUUAUGAAGCAAAUAACCGACAUACAGACUGCAUUUCUUUGUACAAGGAAUUGGAAAAGUUCCAUCCUAGUAUUAGCAUUCGGCGCCAAGCUAAGGAGCUUCGUUACAUAUUGCAGGCACCUAAGCUCAAGAUAUCCCAAGAAGAGAUGGUCACCAUACCGUUAAUUGGUUCUAGCUAUGAUAGCUAUGCAGCAACAUGGACCGAUAAGAACAAGGACAAAGAGCAAAUGCAGAGCGGCAUUACAACCAAGCAAGUACCAUCAUCCAGGGACUGGUUGGGGGACUUUCUAGUGUGGAAACCACCCGUCGGUUUGGAGAAAAGCCAGACUUUCUGGGUGGCUCUAACACUAUGGAUAGGUUUGGUUGGUGCUGCUAUCUUUUUGCAAAGAUGAAUGGUGUUGUAUAUGUGUAAAUUUCUUCCAUGAUACUUGUAAAGUAUUUGUUGUUGUUGUUUGAUAGCUUAUAAACAUUCCACUUGCACUGAUAUUAUAAUAAAUUGACUUGCUCCUUUCAGUGUUUA